AUGGAACCACAAUUCUCAGCUUUAAUAAUUGUCCUUAAGAAAUUUUGGACCAAACAAUAUGACUUCUUUCCAUCUUCAAAAACCUUUUAUUAUACUACUGAGAUUGGUAGUGGUAGCAUAAAUACUGAGAUGGGCAACUUGAAAAUUACAGUUGGGAGUCUAAAGAGUGACCAUUCUUCCACCAAAGAAGAACCCAUGUCUGUUUCUGAGUUAAAGAAGAAUUCUUCAUUAUCUGACUUUGAAACACCCACAAGCCUAAAUAGUUUUACCCCGGAAACAAGCCUAACUAGUUUGACCCCGGGAACAAGCUUAACCAGCUUGACUCCAACAAGUUUGAGUAUUCCAGCUCUCAAAUUUGAAGUGGAUGACGAUGUUGAAAUUCAACUCCCUGAUUAUUCAAUGUGGGAGUCUAUUUUCUCUGAUCAAUUGGAAGGUGAUUUUAUGAUUUCCUCUCCAGUGAGGAACAUAAACUCACCACAGGCAAGCAACUUUCAGAACAUCAAUUCCAACUAUGCUCAUGCAAUGCAUGGGCAGGGUCUUAUGGGGUGGUCUCCUCCUCGCGUAUCGUCUCCUCUGGGGCCUCAUAGCACUGCUAUGCAGAAAGGUAAGGGAAUCAGCCCUCUUCACAGGGUUUUCAACUCUCCGAACAACCAAUUUAUGCCAGUGGAGAGCCUUUCCCUGCCUGCACUAGAGAGCCUAUUGGAUGAUAAUAACUAUGAGAAGGUCGAGGAUUUCGUAGUAUUCUCCCCUAUGAAGAUUAACGAAGGAGAAACUUCAUCUGAUUGUUUUGAUGCACUUACAGGUGUUCCUGAAUUGUUAGACUGCUUAACACUGCCAAACUCAACUAGAUUUUGUGGAUCAGUCGUGAAUGACACAACCAUCCAUGGAAGUUCACAUGCGACUAGAACCAACGACAUUUAUCAUCAGAAUGGAUUGCUUCCGCCCUUACCAUUAUCACAGAAAUUACGAGAGGAAAGUCAGCAAAAAAAUCAACUAGAACACCAUCAGCGACGGCAGCAAGAACAAGCGCCGCCAUCACAAAGAGCGCAACAACAACUGCAUCAGGAGCAACAACAACAAAAUCAACUACAAAAUUUACACAACUUAAUAGUGCCUAUUUCAAUGGGACCUGAGCAGGAACAAGACAGUGGACUCCAACUUGUGCACCUACUUCUUGCUUGUGCGGAAGCAGUAUCCAAGGAGGAGUAUAUGUUAGCUAGGAGGUAUCUCCACCUUCUAAAUCGAGUGGUUUCGCCCCUUGGUGAUUCGAUGCAACGUGUAGCAGCUUGUUUCACCGAAGCCUUGAGUGGAAGGCUUGCAUCAAUCCUAACCAAUAAAUCUAGCACCUCCAAUCCAAAACCCUUCAAUCCUUUUCCUCCAAACUCCAUAGAAAUCCUCAAGAUUUAUCAGAUUCUGUAUCAAGCCUGUCCCUACAUUAAAUUUGCUCAUUUCACUGCAAAUCAAGCAAUAUUUGAUGCGUUUGAGGCUGAAGAGCGUGUCCACGUAAUCGAUCUCGAUAUACUCCAGGGGUACCAAUGGCCUGCCUUCAUUCAAGCCCUAGCAGCCAGGCCUGGUGGUGCCCCGUUUCUCCGUAUCACUGGAGUUGGACCCUCCCCCGAGGCGGUUAGAGACACUGGUAGAUGUUUGACCGAAUUAGCUCACUCCCUCCAUGUUCCAUUUGAAUUCCAUCCCGUUGGUGAGCAACUUGAAGACCUAAAACCACACAUGUUCAACAGAAGGGUCGGUGACGCUCUGGCAGUCAACUCAGUUAACCGGCUCCAUCGUGUUCCUGGACAUGCUCUUGGAAAUCUUUUAGCCUUGAUCAGGGAUCAAGCACCAAAUAUAGUCACCAUUGUUGAACAAGAAGCAAGCCAUAAUGGACCUUACUUCUUGGGCCGAUUCCUGGAGGCAUUGCACUGUUAUUCAGCAAUCUUCGAUUCGUUGGAUGCAACCUUCCCACUGGAUUCCGUGCAAAGGGCGAAAGUGGAGCAACACAUAUUCGCACCAGAGAUUUGCAACAUUGUGGCAUGUGAGGGGCCAGAGAGAGUAAUGAGGCAUGAAAGGCUGGAAAAAUGGAGGAAACUGAUGGAAGGAAAGGGAUUUGAAGGGGUACCACUGAGUGCAAGUGCAGUGACUCAAUCAAAAAUAUUAUUGGGAUUGUAUUCUUGUGAUGGAUAUAGAUUAACAGAAGACAAGGGUUGCUUGCUAUUGGGUUGGCAGGACAGAGCCAUUCUGGCUGCUUCUGCAUGGAGAUGCUAA